AUUAUAACUGUGUGAGUAACAAUUUACAAUUACGAAUUCCAAGGUGAAUGAAUCAACUAUAAUAUAAAUAAUAUACAUAUGUCAUUCAUUUUCCUUAUACGCAGUUGUGGAGACGAGAUUUUUCAGAAUAAUUUGAUUAUUGACUAUUUAUGACGCAGCUUUAUUUUAGGACCCACGUCAUUAUCUAAUCUUUCUUAUAUUUCGUUUAAUGAUGAAACUGUCUAUACCGCUUGUCAUGUUUCCAAAUAGAUCAAUAGGCAUUUCUGUUUACAUCAAGCUAUUGCAUUCACAUUAAAAAACAAAAAAGUAACUUAUAGACUGGACAUUUACCGUUACUAUUUCAGACCACCUGUUUUGUUAACAAAACUAUUUUAUAUGAUCUACAUUACUGACUAAUGUUUAAAAUUGGUGCCCUCAAAUUUAUUCUAAUUGUAAACUAAUAGCAAUUAUACGCUUAUGGCUUUUUUGUGGUAAAAAUACCUUUAUUGAAUUGCUAUAAAAAUUUUUGAAUGUUUAAUAUUCACGCGCCAGCGAGCAAACUAUAAUGAAUUUCGAAAAUUUGGGCAUGAUUCCAAAUUUGUGACUAAAAGAUAUUUGUCAGCUAAUGAUAAAUAUCUUUUUAGAAAUUAGAGCAUUCAGCUGAUUUAACAAGGGAAUUUAACACGUGGGUCGGUUGCCAUGUAUUUUCCAGGCUGUGUUGGAUCAAAAUGAGGUGCUUUUUAUAGAUAGCGUUUGACCUCCUUGGCUGCAGUAGCUAUUGGAGUAGUUAGUUAGUGAUCAGCUUUUGCUCUGAGCUAUAUCUGUUGCAAAUUGUUAAGUUAUCCAGUUAAUUAUUGGAAUAUUAAACUUCUGGGAAAUAAUGCCAGAUAGGAAUAAGGUCUUAGUUGGUGCUGGCGUGGUAUGGGGAAUUGCAGUUUGGUGUUUUUUAUCCAAUUGCAAGUUGUCACCUACAAGAAUACUGUUUUCUCUAAUUCCUGCUGUUCUUUAUCGAGGUAAAAAGAUGAAAAAUGAGGAUGAGCAGAAAUGUAAUGAUAACGAUGACAGUGCGACGGUAGAGACCCGAGCUAGCUCUGACGUCGGCCACCAGACGUCUGUUGAAAAUGAUAACGCCCAAGGGUUGCAAGCACAAAACUUCAUAGUGGGAGGCCUAACUGGGGCAUCGCCACCAAAAUUUGUAUCGUUUGAAGACAUGAUGAAGGCUGCAAAUGGCAUGACAAACAUGGCACUCGCACACGAAAUAGCUUUAGACAAAAAUUUUAAAUUGGAAACUCUAGAACCUCCAGGUGGUAGUUUACAUAAGAAGUUUAAAGAAACUGUUCACAAUUUAUUCUGGCAACGUCUAGCUGAAGAGUUGGCUGAGGACCCACCAAAUUAUAAUCAGGCAUUAAGUUUGCUUGGUGAAAUAAAGGAGGCCCUGGAGGAACUUUUACUUCCUCGACACACGAGAAUAAGAGAAAAUAUCAAUGAAGUAUUAGAUGUUGAGUUGAUCAGGCAGCAGGCAGAGCAAGGAGUUUUGGAUUUCCAUCGUUAUGCUCACUUUGUCAUUUCCAUUAUGGCUAAAUUAUGUGCUCCAGUAAGAGAUGAAAAAAUCGCCGAUUUAGCAAAAUCCACGGAUGUUAUUGAAACUUUUAGAGGCAUCAUGGAAACUCUCCAACUAAUGAAGCUUGACAUGGCUAACUUUACAAUUACAUUGAUAAGACCAGAAAUUGUGGCUUCCAGUGUUGAAUAUGAGAAAAAGAAGUUUGCCGAAUUUUUAAAAGUGCAUGACGAUGGUUUACCUUUGACGAAAAAAUGGCUCCUCAGGCAUUUAGAUUUGGAAAAGAUUACACCAUCCGCAGAUAUCAAUACUGUUCGUCAGAUUACGCACAGCUUAUUAUCUGAGGCCUACUUGGAUUUAUUAGAAUGGGAAUUCAAUCCAGAUGCAGAAACGCUAAUGAUGGAUCAAGGUCGAUUAGUAGAAUUACGAGACAGAACUAGCAGAUUAUCAGUAGUAGGUUCAGUGCUACUGGUAACCAACAACACUGUCGGCGCUCCAGUUCAAGGUGUUGCGAGUUUCAAACAGAAUAUCAAGCAGCACAUCACGUUACUCCUCGAUUCUGUUCAUUCGAAUGUCGAUCUUGCAAUUGUGAUGCCAAACAUCGUACUGCAAGUUAUAAAAGAUGUUAAGACUACGCUUCAAGAGGCUGGUGCUUCUGAGUUAUCAACAGAGUUGGAAGCUCUACUCAGUGCUCAGAUCUUAGAAAUUAGUAAACCGGAUCACAAAAUUCGACAUCUUGUCAAUCUGAGAAUCAGACAGUUUCUACAAAAAAUUAUACUGUCUCAGACAGCAGGCCCACAGCAAAUACCGCCUGGACUGUCGUCGCUGCAAGAUGAAUUAGCUGGAAUUGCGGCACAAUUUUUAAUCAUAGCAUCACACAAUCGCAGUGUCUUUGGAGAAUACUACCUAGAUAUUGUGUCUGCUGCAAUCAAAAAUGAAAACGCGGUUACAUCCGAGAAAUCGCAGUAAGAUGAAAGUAGAAAAUAUGAAUCCCACGCAGUCUAUAAUACACCUGUGUAUGGGGAAGACGAGUUACAGUGUUCCAAGAAAAGGUAGGUGGCAUGAAUUUUUGGGGGAAUCAAAUCGAUGGACAGGCUAUAAGACUUCUUAUAUAGAAAAGUUAUGCCGGCCAAUACUCCUAACAGCACGUAUUUGAAACUUUCCAACAUUAAAGAGCAGAACGAACAGAAGUAUGAAAUAAUUGCAAUUAAGAGUCGGUUUAUUCACUAUUUAUUAACUGGCGAUUAAUUCUACAGAAUAUCAUUUACACUUUACUCGAUUUAUAAAAAUAUUAUAUACAUAUACCCAGAUGUAUUACGUACUCACCUAUAUUAAGUAACCGUACAUUUGCACUAUUGAAAAUAAAAAUUGGAGAAUCAGGAAGCAUGUUUUCGUGAGAAGUUUUGCGGAACAUGCGCAAAAAUCAUAUUUAGUUAGAUUAAACUGGUGUUCCUAGCAAAUGAUACCUACCAUACAGGUUGACGUAUCCAACACUUUUUUUUGUACUCACAGACUUAAACUGUGAACUGCGUAAUCAUGCUAGUCGAAAAAUAACUGAAUAUUGUAAUUAAUAUUCGACAAAUAUGCAACUGAUUAUUUGAUUGUUAAAUAUUACGGAUGGAGACAGUUGUGAAACGAAUGACUUGAAAGUAAUGCUAUUCAAAUUGCUAUGAAUUAUCAAGCAACUAAUAAUUUUUGUACCCAUAUAUGAAUGAUUAUAAUAAACAUUCAUGAAUGACAUUA